ACACACAUUAAUCAAAACAGUUGAAUGUGCUAUGACUCGUCUGUACCCAACCGCGAUGGCUGAAUCCCCAGAGAAAGUCGACGAUUCUCUCUUUAUCCUUGCUGCUUUACUAUAUGCUCUGGUUUGUGUUGUAGGUUUGAUAGCCGUAGCCGUAAGUUACUGCUUUUGGCAUCAACGGAGAUCGAUGGACAGUCGGACACCUUCCCAACCAUCCGCAACUAAUAAACAAAUUGAGAAGAAGUUCCUAGAGGCACUCCUGAAGUUCGCAUACCAUUCGGCUAAGCAAGAGAAGCAUGGCAAUUGUGCAAUAUGUUUGAAGGAGUACGUUGAUGGAGACGAGAUCCGAGUGUUGCCACAGUGUGGGCACGGAUUUCACAUCGGAUGUAUUGAUAAGUGGCUUGACUCUCACUUGUCUUGUCUGUCGUGUAGACCAUUGGCGAAUCUUGAACUUUUGGUGAUCGGUAAAUGCAAAAAAUGUGGUGGGUUCAAGACAACUACUGCCGGAAACAUUUCGUUGGAAAUAACUAGCAAUGGUGUAAGAAUAACGUAAUAUUAAGUGUAUUAAAAUUUAGAAUUUGAAAGCAGUUUUUAUUAGUUGUGACAACUUACUAAAAUACCGAAUUUUAUCAUAAAAAUGAGGUGUUGAGGGUAAAGUGAGAAAAUAACCAAAUCUUAUCUACACAUGAUGAAGUUAAUAUAAUGAUAGUAUUACCAGGAUCUUCACUUAUUAUUAAUUUAAUUAAAUUCAUUUU